AUGUCUUUCGUAGACUUGUCCUCCGUGUUCGGGCUGUCCAAGACCCUGUGCCACAUGCUUGUUGACGCGCUCCUCAUGCAUUUCCCGUCUGUCUUCAAGCAGCAGUGGGUCCACUUCCCGACCCGCGACGACCUCGACGAGAUGGCCGCAGAGUUCCGCGCCAUCAAGGGGUUACCUGCAGUAGUGGGGGCUAUAGACGGCACACACAUACCCAUGAAGGGGAUGGAGGGGCACAGGCAAGAGUACUACACGCGGAAGUCCUGUUACGCCGUCCAGUUGCAGAUCACAUGCGACGCGCGAGGCAUCAUAUGGGACUAUUUGAUCGGAUACCUGGGCAGUGCGCACGAUCAGAGAGUGUUCAUGAACAGCGCGCCUAAUGGAGGACUGGGAGCAGUGCUUUAA